AUGUCGCGCCAGAACCUCGCUAUACCCCUCAUGGGCGCCGCAGCCCUCGUUGGCGGCGGCGUGUACUACGCCCGCACCCCCUCGAGCACCUCGGGCGACGCCGCGCAACAGAUCUCCAACACGGCUAAGCCGCGCCCGACGUCGGACCAGACGGCGACGGAGGACAGGAAGCGUGCUGCCGAUGCGAAGCGCGACAACGGCCUCGGCGGCGCCGGCGUCGGCAUGAACAACAACACGGGCGGCGCCGAGCUCAGCACCGGCAACCGGAGCGGCGCGAGCGGGAACAGCGACACGCCCAAGGGUCCCCGGGACAAGUUCCCCUCGGACGCGGGCGAGAUCGGCGGGGGCCACGGGCGCGGCAACUCCAACACGAGAGCGAUCGAGACGCAUGGCCCGUCCAUGACCCCCGGGUCCUCCACGGCGACGGGGGCUCUCGGUGGGGGCAAGGACAAGGGUAGCGGGAGCGCCCCCGACACUUCGAACCAAAGCUCCGGUGUCGGGUCCAAGCUGCAAGGCUUCUUCGGCACCGGCGGAGGCGAAGCGCAGAAAGGCGAGAAGUCGCGCCAGGCGCCCCUCGACACCAAGAUCGCGAGCCAUCACGCCGACACGCCGACGAACAAGGGCGGGAGCCCGUGGGAUAAGCACAGGAGGGAUGUUACCGCUGUGUCGUCCACGGAGUCAUAG